GAAGUACGCUUGGAAUUCGCAGGGAAUGAUUUCUAGAGUCUUUUUGCAAUACAAGAAGCCGGAGGACGAGGAUGGAUUUCUCAUGUUGAAGAUGACGCUAAAUACGAAGUGGUGCAGUUAUCCGAUUUCAAAGGUGAAGAAAGUAGGUUCUACGAAGUUUGUCCAGGAAAUAGAUGUUCUGUGAUGCCUAUAACAAAAAGUAUCCUCUGGUCCCUUUUACUGUCGAUACUACGACUUGCUAUGUGUUGUAAGACGUUUUCCAUCCGAUCGAUUCGCUAGUGGAAAGGCAGUCUACGAUGAUGAUAUUAUCGGCGAGGUGUGCGAGAACAACGUGACGAUCACGUUCCAGCUUGGUAUUUUUCGUUGUCAGAAUUGACCGAAGGCGCUCCUCCGCAGCGUCCCCAGAAGGUCGAGGAGGAUCACACGGGCAUGGUCCGCUGCACAAACUACGGCUGCUACAAAUGGUACAAGCCCGAGGAGAACUCCGACACGGCGUGCCACUACCACACCUCGCCCCCUGUAUUCCACGAUGCCUCCAAGGGCUGGUCGUGCUGUCAAAAACGCGUCUACGACUGGGACGAGUUCUACAAAAUCGAGGGCUGCACCAUCGGGCCGCACUGCUGCGAGCAGAAAAUGCAGUCCUUCGCCCCCUCCCCCACCGUCGCUGCCAUCAACGCCGCCGUCGCCGCCUCCUCCACUCCAGCACCCGCUUCUGCUCCCUCGACUGCUUCACCUGCUUCACCUGCUGCUCCCUCGGCUCCCUCGGCUCCCUCGGCUCCCUCGGCUCCCUCGGCUCCGGUGAUAAAAUCGAUCGAAGAGUUCAAUCGGACCAACGCGGACGCGCCGACCACGCUGCGAUCGGCGAUCGAGGCGGGGAAAGCGAAGCCGACGCCGGUGGAGAUGAAGGACGGCAAGGCGCGGUGCGUGCAUGGAGGAUGCAAUAAGUGGUACAAACCCGAGGAAAACGUGGAGGGAUGCUGUCAGUAUCAUGAAGGAAAGCCGGUGUUCCAUGAUGGAGAGAAGUACUGGAGCUGCUGCCCGCAGAAGAAGGUACUCGACUUUGAUGCCUUCAUGAACAUUCCUGGAUGCAUGAAAGGAAAGCAUUAUGAUGGAAGGGAUUAG